AUGAACAAUAGAAACGAAAUUCAACGAGUUAAACAGUCAACUCGCGCUCGAACAAUAGCUAUACGCAUAGACACGCAGAAGCUGACUUCGACUCGGACGUUCGAUACCCCGUUACCGGUGGCUGGCAGUGCUCAGACGGGCUGCUUGUCGUCGUCAUCCAGCGACUGUUGGGAAAGAGAGGCGGGAUGGACGCCGCCUCGACGGUCGAAGAGGUUGGGGCAGCAAAAAAACGCCAAGCACAAAGCGGCGAAGAAGCGACUCGUCACGCAGAUCAAGGCGAGCAAAGGGAAGUGCUGGAAGGUGAUCUGCAGAGAAGUAGAUGAUGAUCUAUGGGGCAACGACUACCUAAUCAUCACUCUUAAAUUUGUAGGUCUUGGUUUAGUAGCUUAUAUGGAACCCGAUAGGAUGUAG